AUGGAGCCCCAUACUAUCAUCCCCGACAACUUCAAGAAUAUUGCCGAAGUCGACGAUGCCGUCGAGGAGGUCCUCCGUCGUGGUAUCAGUGCCGAGAUAGUCUCGGAUCUCACAGGCUUCGAGAUACCGUUCCUCGAUAGGUCCUACGACCUACGCCGGCUCCUCGCUCUGAAGCAUGUCGCCCAUCGAAACUCCAACGUGUCGCGAGAGAAGAAAGAGCAGUACGAGCGCAACCGCGCGGCGGUACAGUCCGACGAGAACUCGACGCUGCACCUCGAAGGCUUCAAGCACGCAUUCUCGCAGAUCAACGCUGGGAGCGGCAACGCCUUUGGCGAGGACAAGGUCCACAGUUUCUUGGACCUGGGAUGUGCUCCCGGCGGAUUCUCGACGUGGGUCUUGGAGAACAACAGGAGUGCUAGUGGAGUAGGAAUCACUUUGUCCCCGGAAGCCAGAGGCCUCCGGCUACAACUUGACUCUAGAUUCCACGCGCAGUUCCAAUGCAGUUUCGAUGACGUGUGCCGAAUUGCAGCUGGCGAUAUAGACAUUGCAUCUGUUCCUGCUGCAGGUUUCGACCUCGUCAUCGCGCAAGCCACCAUCAUGUUCAAAGAUGAUGUCCGCUGGAACGAGUCCAUUGGGCUGGUGUAUGCCCAACUUCUGGUUGCCUUCCAGCACCUCGCGCAGGGCGGCUCUCUCAUCACCAGUCUCAGGUCGCGUCCAUUGAAUUGGAUCGUUGACGUCUUUCGGGCUCUUGAUAUAACUUUCGAGUCUGUCCAUGCUGUAAACACCCAAUACCAGGGCAGAAGACCUUUCGUGUAUGUUGUGUGCAGAGGAUUUCGUGCAGAUCCAGACGAGAAGAACAACUACAUCCACCGUCUCCGUGCUUGCAUUGAAUAUCUGGAUAAUUCUGAAGGGCCCGUCGAAUCCUCCAGCGGCGGGGCGGCGAAUAUCCCUCGUCUCUGUGGCACGCAAGAUGAACCCAUUCCAGACGCAACAUACCAGGACGUAUUGGAUCUAUUCGAGGUUGUAUGGCAGAAAAAGUACUGCGCCAUUCGUUGGCAUUACCAGAGGGUCCUCGAGAACCGCAGGAGAGGCAACGAGCAUGAGCUCUACUGA